AACCCGCCUCGCGUCACUGUCGCCGUCAGGGCCGCGGAGCCAAUCAGAGCCCAAGUCGAGGGCUACGCUUUGCGAGCGCCAGCCAAUCGGUGCGGCGGCGGGCCCAUCCUGAUUUGCAUGUCCGACGACCCCUCAACCAAUGGUAGUGUGACUGGCGUGAAGAAUAGCCAAUCAGAAGCUGGAAGAGGCGUGGCCCCGGGCGUCCCACGAGGUGAAGAUGCUGCUGGCGGAACCUGCAGGAGCUAGCGGGAUUCGGGGGCGCUAAAGUCGCAGGGACAGGGCGGGAAGGAAGAUCCGGCGCGGGGCACAGGAUCCGGAGCUGGAGCCCCCAGAAUUUUCCCACUGUAAAAAACCGAGCAAGUCUGGAUAAGUGAGGCUGGCUCCAUGUAUCCAGAAUCAACGACGGGCUCCCCGGCUCGGCUCUCGCUGCGGCAGACGGGCUCCCCCGGGAUGAUCUACAGUACUCGGUAUGGGAGUCCCAAAAGACAGCUCCAGUUUUACAGGAACCUGGGCAAGUCUGGCCUGCGGGUCUCCUGCCUGGGACUUGGAACAUGGGUGACCUUCGGAGGCCAGAUCACCGAUGAGAUGGCAGAGCAGCUCAUGACCUUGGCCUAUGAUAAUGGCAUCAACCUCUUCGAUACAGCAGAAGUCUACGCAGCCGGCAAGGCUGAAGUGGUACUGGGAAACAUCAUUAAGAAGAAAGGAUGGAGGCGGUCCAGCCUCGUCAUCACCACCAAGAUCUUCUGGGGCGGAAAGGCGGAGACGGAGCGAGGCCUGUCCAGGAAGCACAUAAUCGAAGGUCUGAAAGCUUCCCUGGAGCGACUGCAGCUGGAGUACGUGGAUGUGGUGUUUGCCAACCGCCCGGACCCCAACACCCCGAUGGAAGGGGACCCAUUUAGUUCCUCCAAGUCAAGGACAUUCAUCAUAGAAGAGACCGUCCGCGCCAUGACCCACGUCAUCAACCAGGGGAUGGCCAUGUACUGGGGCACGUCACGCUGGAGCUCCAUGGAGAUCAUGGAGGCCUACUCCGUGGCCCGGCAGUUCAACCUGACCCCGCCCAUCUGCGAGCAGGCUGAGUACCACAUGUUCCAGCGUGAGAAAGUGGAGGUGCAGCUGCCGGAGCUGUUCCACAAGAUAGGAGUGGGCGCCAUGACCUGGUCCCCUCUGGCCUGUGGCAUUGUUUCUGGCAAGUACGACAGUGGCAUCCCACCCUACUCAAGAGCCUCCUUGAAGGGCUACCAGUGGCUGAAGGACAAGAUCCUUAGUGAGGAGGGCCGGCGCCAGCAAGCCAAGCUGAAGGAGCUGCAGGCCAUCGCCGAGCGCCUGGGCUGCACCCUGCCUCAGCUGGCCAUAGCCUGGUGCCUGAGGAAUGAGGGGGUCAGCUCCGUGCUCCUGGGGGCCUCCAAUGCGGACCAGCUCAUGGAGAACAUUGGGGCAAUACAGGUCCUUCCGAAACUGUCGUCUUCCAUUAUCCACGAGAUUGAUAGUAUUUUGGGCAAUAAACCCUACAGCAAAAAGGACUACAGAUCCUAAGCCGCCCCCGCCCGCCUGCUCGGACAGUUUCCGUUCCCUCCUAGUCUCUGUUCGCUCGCUUAAGCUGUUUUGAAGCCAAGUGAAGAGUGUGGUUUGCAUCCAAGAGAAAACACCACACUGUGAUGUCAUUGGGAAAUGAUCUCCCAAGUCGCUGCCAGACACCACCCACUGCUUCGCCGGACAAUGUCGAAGUCCAGUCUGUGCCGGGGAAGGCACUGGUUAGGAAGGAUGUUCAAACGGUCCCACCCAAGCCUGUCACCUCUGCUCAUCCUCCAAGACCACCCAGCUUUCUCCCAGCCACAGCCAAGAUUCCCAAAGUCAAGGCCCAAAGAUUUCCAAGGUUCCCAAAGUCAAGGCCAGGCCAAGGCCUGGUUGGGUCCUUGGGGUGGGCAGGGCCGGCCUCUCCUCUGCUGAGAAUCCCUACUUGGUGUAGGGGGAGAGGGGAAAGGGGUCUGGCCCAUCGAGGGGCCCCUUCUGCCAGGGCCUUGGUUGCUGGGGCAGGGCCUCCCCACUGGGGGUCUUCCUCCACCUCCCACUUUCCAAGGGCUCCAGGAAUCUGGGGCCUGACCCCAGAUUCCUCCCCCAUCCUUUUCUGCUCCAACCUGCCCCACUGGGUCCCGGCAGGGGCCGUGCCUACCAAGCUCGAGCUGGCCCUUGACCCCCACCCACCCCCACCCUUGCUGGCAGGGGCAGGGACCCCAGGGGGAUUGACUCUGCAGUCUGGGAGCCACAAAAAGCGUAGCGGUGUGAUUUCUAGCUCAGCCUCCCACCGUCUUCCUCCUACACACCAAUGAUGAGCCUCAUGCCAGUGAGGCCCGGAGCGCUUGGGAGGGGUCCCAGUGGGGCAGGCCCCUCUGUCUGGCCACCCCUCUGUCCUGGCCCCGGAAGGCCCUGUGGUCAUGUGCUCCUAGCUGCACGGUGGCUGCUGGCCACACCGCGGCAAGUGGCAGCAGGGGCUGGCCCUGUGCACAAGGAUGCACUCCUCUCGGCCCCUGGAGACUUUCUCUAAAGCCGCCCUCCAGCCCAGGCCGCUGCUCUGCACCGAGGUGGUGGGCUUGGGUUUUGUAGCGCGCAUGCUUGGACCCUUUCAGUAAGGAAGGGUCCUUGGGGUUUUCUGUGCCCAUGACUUGGGGGCUGCACCCCCACAGCACCCCCACAAUGUAGGAAAAGACCUCAGGGAACCUCUCCCUGGAAAGAUGGCCAGGGCUGGUUAGCCCCUCCCACUGCCUGACACCUGGGACAGGCUGGGCAGAGGGGAGAGAGGGCAGGACAGGCCAGAGUGACGCCCCCGUGCAGCUUGGGCCGGAGGGCAAGGGAUGCCAGUAAGUCUGCAGGUGCGGGGUGCCACCUACAGGCCCAGGCCUGUGUCCCGAGCAGUACCCAGGCUUUGCAGACCACGCAGGGCAGGGCUCCACUGAAGCCACCCCCACCCCUCGCCAGCUAGCUCCAUAGGGAAGCCUGUGUCUCCUGCCCCCAGGGCACACCCUUAGUGCAGGCACCUCUGUUCCCGCUUUGCCCCUGGAGGAGCCACUAUUCCAGAAGGCUCCACCCUGCCGUCCUGCAGGAGCCUGCUGUCCAGUCCUGGCCGGGCCAAGGCCUGGGAAACUGUGAAAGUCAGAAAGGCCAGCAGGGAGAGGCUGGGGUGAGGGGAGGAGAGGGAUCAGCUUCUGCUAUUACCGACCCACCUUCAUGCUGCCCCUGGCGCCUAGAACCCUUGCCCCUCCUCACAGACCAAGUCCCGGGGGUCUCCACUCAGUCCUGCUGCCUGCUUCACCAGAAGCAGCCCUGUGAGUGUGGGGUGGGGAAGUCCUUUCCCAACGGAGGUCCCAGCCUAUGGCCCUGGGCCCAGGUGGGGGUCGCCCGCUUCCUUCCCGGACAGGGUCCUGCAGUGGCCAAUGGUGCCAGAGGGCAGGUGGCCCACCCUCGCCGUCAGGGAGGGUGGCUGGCCCCAUCCCCACUGCCACCCAGCCCCACCCACUGUUGGAAGAGGGACCAGCGCGAGGUGGUGCCCAGGGUGGGCACUGCUGCUUAACGCGAGGCACACCUGGGGCAGCUGAGCCCCCAAAGGCUGCGGGUUUGCCAAACACAGAGAGGCCAGGCCCCGUUGUCAGGAUGCAGGCAGCCUCCGGCGCAGCUCUUUCCACGACCUGGUUCCUGGAUGUCCUGUUUGUUCCACACCCAUCUACAGGGAGGAUGUGAGGGGCUCUGCCUCCCAGGGCCAGGUCCCCCCUCUCGGGAGGGGGUAUUGGGUAGGACCAUCCAAGAAAGGACAGAAGACCAAGGGCAGUCGGGUUCUAGAAAGGAGGGCGCUGGCCCUGCUGGGCGCUGCGGAGCCCCCACUGUUUCCCACUCAGCUUUGUGCUCAGAUCCCAGGUCCCAAGGAGUGACAGGGGCUUCCUCCCACCUUCUGUCCUUGUCCAGUCAUGUAAAUAAUGUGCUUUUUCUCUCCCCGAGUCUUUUUUUUUUUUAAACCUACCGUGGUUCCUCAGCUAACUGCAUUCCCUGCCCAGGCAGAGACUGUCCUAUGCCUCGAGCUUCCAAACGAGACUCAGACCGCGACACAGCCACCGUAUUUAUGGAAUGACAAAAUAAAGCCCAAACCCAUCGGUCUCUGUGA